UCGCAUUCAGUUCUCUGCCACCGGGCGAGCAGUAAAGAGAUCGAAUCUGAUCGGAUCGAAAAAUUAAAUUAAAUUAAUAAAGUGCAAAUUGGAACGGAAUGAGCUAUAACAACGUGAUUUGUACGAUCUGUUCGGAUCGGUAUCGCACCACAGACAAUAUUCACGCCGGUACCUGUGGACACGCAUUCCACGAGGAGUGCCUGAAUCGCUGGCGAGAGCAAUCAAGAACUUGCCCCAUCUGCCGCUGCCAGGAUGCCGCGUACUUUCAGCUCUAUCUGGAUUUUGAGGAGUUGCCGGAAAGCGGAUCGGCGCAGGGGGCUGGCAGUACAAGCGGGCGGAAUCAAAACCAAGGCCACAGCGACAGCAGCCUCAGCAGCAGCAGCAGCAACAGCAACAACAACAUCAUUGCCAGCAGUACUGGCGAUUACGGGGGGAUUAUGAGAGAGUAUGAGAAUCUGCUAUAUGAGACGGGCGUGUAUCAGGAGGAGAUAGAAUAUCUAAAUGAGCGCAUCGGUGCCUUAACCCUUCGUAAUUCUCAACUCUGCAAAGUCCAUGGAGAGUCGGACACGGAUUGUGAUUAGAAGCCCGCAAAAUAAUACAAACAAACAGAAACCCCUCUGUCUAAACAUUUCGUUAUCUGCAUUUGUUGUUUUAAAUUAUUAGAACAGAUAAGAAUUGCUAAGGACGCUGAGGUUAACAAAAGAGACGAGAAAACAAUAUAAUCAACAUAAUUACGAUAAAUCGGAUUUAUAAAGGGAAAGACAGGAAGAUAUGAUAUAUAUUAAACUACAUAUUUACUUAAUAAGAAAUCAAAAACGACUCAGACUGCGUGACCCGUUUGAAUUUUAAAUCACUUUCGCGGCUCCAAACCAAACGUUUCCCAACACUACUCCCACAGAAUCUGGGUGUGUAUCCCUGAUUUUUCCGAAUACUCGAUUACUGAGGGAUGGCGACAUAACGCACAAUUAGCUAAGACUUUUACUAAGAUCGUAAAAUACACAUUCGGGUAGCGAAAAAAUUUAAUUUUUACUAGUGUGACCGAGUUUUGAAAAGUUAACUGAAAAUGCAUGUACAAUGGUAAUGGUCCACGCUCUUGUCAGCUGUUGUUUCGCGAAUUUCGAUGCUUCUUCUUGCGCGCACUCGCUGCGAAUGCCAAUUACCGCGUCUCUUUGUAUUACUACAAUUACAAUAAAAAUUGCAACAAAUUAAAUCGGCGUCGUGUGUCCGUCUGUGUGUGCCAGUGUGUGUGUGCCCGCGAGCACUGAUAACUGAUAGCCCCGCUUGAUAGCCAGUGAAUAAACAAACAA